AUGGCCGCCUCCACCAUGUCCAUCUGCUCUGACGCUCCCACCAACUCCUCCUGGCAGGUGGAUGACUGCCCAGAGAGCUGCUGUGAGCCCUGCUGCUGUGCCCCCAGCUGCUGCCAGCCCAGCUGCUGCCAGGCCAGUUGCUGCCAGCCCAGCUGCUGCCAGCCCAGCUGCUGUGCCCCCAGCUGCUGUGCCCCAGCCCCCUGCCUGACCCUCAUCUGCACCCCAGUGANCUGUGUGUCCAGCCCCUGCUGCCAAUCUUCCUGCUGCACACCCUCAUGCUGCCAGCAGUCUAGCUGCCAGCCAGCUUGCUGCACCUGCUCCCCCUGCCAGCAGCCCUGCUGUGUGCCUGUCUGCUGCAAGCCUGUCUGCUGCACACCCAUCUGCUCUGGCUCCUCCUCCUGCUGCUGCCAGCCCUCCUGCUGUGCUCCUGUGUGCUGCAAGCCCUGCUCCAGCCUGUCCCUGCUGUGUCGCCCUGUGUGCAGACCUGCCUGCUGUGUGCCCACCUCCUCCUGCUGUGCCUCCUCCUGCCAACCCAGCUGCUGCCGCCCAACCUCCAGUGUGUCCCUGCUGUGCCGCCCUGCCUGCUCCAGACAGGCCAGCUGUGGACAGAAGUCCAGCUGCUGA